CAUCAAUAACAAGUAGCAUUUUACAUCGGAUCUACCCCGGCUCUUUGCUAAGAAAACCAUGGACCCGCUAAGGUUAGUUUUAGCGGAUGGAUACCAAUUUUAAGUAUUCUUAAAAUGGACAGAUUUGUUGGAUUCUUGGUGGUGGUUUAUUGAAAGAAGCGGGCUAACGGCAGCGAGGGAGCGACGUGUAUUGUACAGAGAGCACCACAGGCUGCGUUGCAUAGCUUAGAAGAAACUGUGAUGAGAUGGUGCAUCGGCUUUAGCGAUAUUAGAAGGCUCUAAAUUUCAACAGUGUAUUUUAGGGGGUGGGUGGUGCCUAGGCCGAUUCCCAUGACGAGGUUAGCCGAUCGGGUACGAUGCGAGACAGCGGGUCGUUUUGCGCAGGUGGAUGGCCACCUGAUGUGAGACAGCCGCUGUCCUUUUCUGCGCGUUUUUGCCGCGUUGUUACUGCACUACGAGGCUGCGAUGGUAGUAGCGCCGAAGCCCGGAGUUAUUAAGCUGUGAAGACGGCAUUCAAAGGCGAGCCAUGCUGCCCGGGGUCGGUGUGUUCGGCACCAGCCUGACCGCGAGGGUGAUCAUCCCCCUGCUGAAAAAUGAGGGCUUCUCGGUGAAAGCUCUGUGGGGCCGCACGCAAGAGGAAGCUGAGGAGCUAGCCAAGGAGAUGGAUGUGCCCUUUUACACCAACCGGAUUGACGACGUGCUACUGCACCAGGAUGUGGAUUUGGUUUGCAUCAACCUCCCACCACCGCUAACUAGGCAGAUCGCUGUCAAAACACUGGGUAUCGGAAAGAACGUCAUCUGCGACCGCACAGCCACUCCCCUGGAUGCCUUCCGUAUGAUGUCGGCCGCCCAGUACUACCCCAAGCUGCUGAGCAUCAUGGGUAACGUGCUGCGCUUCCUGCCGGCGUUUGUGCGCAUGAAGGAGCUGGUGGAGGAAGGCUACGUCGGGGAGCUGCUGGUCUGCGAAGCUCAGGUGCACGGCGGCAGCCUGCUGGGCAAGAAGUACAACUGGAGCUGUGAUGACCUGAUGGGAGGCGGCGGCCUGCACUCGGUGGGCAGCUACAUCAUCGACCUGCUCAGCUUCCUGACGGGCCGGCGCGCUUCCAAGGUGCACGGCUUCCUCAAGACCUUCGUCAAGCAGACCGACCACAUCGCUGGCAUACGCCAGAUCACCAGCGACGACUUCUGCACCUUCCAGAUGGUCCUGGACGGCGGCGCAUGCUGCACCGUCACGCUCAACUUCAACGUGCCCGGCGAGUUCCGCCAGGAGGUGAUCAUCGUCGGGACGGAGGGGCGGCUGUCCGUGAGCGGCACCGACCUCUACGGCCAGAAGAACACUGGGGAAGGGGGUCGGCAACUCCUGCUGAAGGACAGCACGGCACUAGGCGACGCGUCUUUACCGGACAAGGCCUUCAGCGACAUCCCCUCGCCCUACCUGAUGGGCACCAUCCGCAUGGUGCAGGCGGUGCGGCAGGCCUUCCAGGGCCAGGAGGACCGGCGCACCUGGGACGGCCGGCCCCUGACCAUGGCGGCUACCUUCGAGGACUGCCUGUACGCGCUGUGCGUGGUGGACACCAUCAAGAAGUCCAACCAGUGCGGCGAGUGGCAGAGCAUCGAGGUGAUGAGGGAGGAGCCGGAGGUCAGCCCCGCCUACCUCAUCAGCGAGGCCAUGAGGAGGAGCCGCAUGUCGCUCUUCUGUUAGCGCAACGCAACGCUAAGCUAAGCUAGUCGCUGCUAGCACUGACUGACUCUGUUGGCGUCAAGGCUUUGUUUCUUUUUUUUAAGGAAUAAACCACACAAACACAAACAAAUUUACAUACAUAAACUCAUACCUCCUCAAGGGGAGUCUAAUGCUGUGCUCUGCCUGGAGACAGCAGGUUUCACACUGGAAGGCAAGCAGCUCUCUAGCAACCUCUGAUGGCUUGGAGAGUGAUUGCGUCGUUUGAGGAAUUUACUGCAUUUACAAAACUGUGGGAAGGAGAACUGUUAUAACACGGUAAUGGCAAGUGAGCCUAUUGUCAAGAAAAAAAAUUAACUGGAAGGCUCCUUGUCCUUCUAUUUGUCCGAAACUGCUUCUGGAUUUGUGUUUUCUCAUUGGGGUUCCUUGUUGAGCCUCCACAGACUAACUUGACUUCCUGACCUGCUGUUGGAGUCUGGACAAGGACCACACACACACACACAGUCAUGGCAACGGGUUUUUAGUGGUUUAUUGUUCCUCAUCUGAGGUGAAUGUCCAAAAAAACAAAACUAAACAAAAAAUAUCAAACAAAGGGAGGCUGUUGUCAAUGUCUGUGUUCUCAGAGCGUUCUUGUGUGUUUGUGUGUGUGUUAGUUGGAGUGCGUGUGUCUGUGUGAGAGAGUGUUGUCACCAGUAAAAAGGAAAAAAAAAUCCCCCCAAAAAAUCAAUAGUUUGGCUGGUAGGGCUUUUAGUGGUGAUCUUUCCCCCUUCCUAUUCCCAUUAGAAUUGCAAUAACCCUGUCUAUCAACCGGCCGACUCCAUGGAUAAUCUAUGUGAACGCUUCCUUUUCGCCUGCCUGCCUCCUGUGUCAUUCCGUUCCGUGUACUGCAAAAGUGUAACUGACAUCCUGCUGCAGUGUUUUCUCACUGAAGUGGCUAGUUGUUUCUCUCUGCGCUUUCUUUCAGCAGUCGAUUGUUUUUCUCAGCGCAUUUCUAUAAAACCAAUGGCAUUAAGACUCAGCCUGCUUGCCACAAGCAUGUUCAAUGCUUCUUAUGUGCGUCCAAAGUCAAUCAGUAGUUGUGGCUUCUGUAGAAUAUGACAGCACGGAUCCUGAGUAGACUGCAUGAGCCUUACUUUACUGUACACUACGCUUGACUAAGCUACGCUGUGCACGCUACCCUAGCUUCAUCCAGCCUAGCUAGCUAGAGAGAAGAGUGCAGGAAGAGGAUGUGCCUUCGAGACCUUCGGUAGUUACUGUAAAUUAAGCCAUGUUGGAGAGGUUUGGUAGCAUUGACAGACACGGGUUGGUGCUUGAAGAUUAGGCCUCAGCAGGGGACAUCAAGUGACAGGAAAUUAUAUAAAAGUUCUUAGAUUUAGCAGUGAUGCCAAAUGACAUUCUGGAAGUGGAUGGAGGUGCAUGUUUGUAGACCAAUGUACUGUACCGCUUUAAAAAUCCAAAUCUUAUCUUAUUAUAUUAAUUUACAAAGCUGUCUUUGUGUGAAACCAGACAUUAGACGUACAGCCUCAGUAGUUCGGAAGCAGUGCACUGCAGCACACUCACAGGAACCUACGAGCCAAAAGAUUGUUUUUUGUUUGACCGGUUAAGGUUGCCAGCUGUUGGUCAUGUCGUAUUACAGUCUGUAAAAAUGCUUUGCCUCAUUCCCACGUUUUCCCCAACUCACGUUUCUUGAGUUUGUGUUCAUUGUCUGAAUGUUUUUUUUGUUGUUGGUGUUGAUAUUAUUUUACGUUUCCUUUUGUUCGAGAAAAAAAUCACCUGCUGUACAAAACCAGGAAGAAAAUGUUUUAUACUUGCUUUCAGUAUAGAAGUAUUUAUUUUUUGGGUCUGCAUGUUAAUCACUGAAAAAUACUCUAAGUCUUUUAUGUGAGAGAAGAGGGAGAUUCAGACAGACAGAGGAACGGACGGACAGGGGGACUGAUGGGUAAAGUGAGGCCUUAGGGCAUACACUUCUGCACAUUCACUGUGACGGCCCUUGUGACGGCCCGUGAAGUGUGUGUAUUUGCGUGUGUGUGUGUGUGUGUGUGUGUGUGUGUGUGUGUGGUGUGUGUGCGCAUGUGCGUGUUUUUUUUUUUUUUACGUUAGCUGGUAUGAAUGGGUGUGCAAUGCAUGCAUGGACACAAGUCCUGCUUUUUUUCUGAAGCCCACUGUCUAUUGAACAACACAUUGUAAGACACAGAUAGAUUUACGUCAGUCUCCGGAGCAUAUUCUUUACCACCAUUGGAAGACCACACUGGGAGAUGUCUAACGAACACUGGAACACACCAAAUAUGUAGACAACAUGCAUUGUUGAGUGGUCUUGUGAGGCUGGCUGGCUUGCUGUUCAGUUAAAGUUGGUGAUUCUGAAGUGAGUCAGCACAAGGCCACAAGAGUGCAUUGUUGAGUGACGCUUCUUUGAGAACUAUGGUUAGUAACCGCAAUGAGGAGGAAGUAAGUGACGCAGUGAGCCCACUUCCUGUCCUUGCAGUGGCUCAGUUCACUGAGGUGAAGGGCUAACUGCCACUCAAUUUGAGAAAUAUAUUUAUAGCUUGUUAUAAUUUCAUUUCAUACAAGAUUGGUGUUCAACAUAGUACAAUUUACCUGUUAUUAUCCACUAUGUGAACAUACUAUAGACUUGAAAUAUGAAACUUGUCUUUCAAACCUUCAUAGUCAAGGUUAACUUUGUUGUGAAAUAUAUCGAUCAUAUCGAUCAUAUUGCUCCUAAUCCAGAGUACACAUAAAAACACUGAAAUCACCAAAGCUUCGGUAGUUUCUGAAACCAAUAGUGAAUCUCCAGUGUCUUUUUCAUCUCCCAGAUUGUCCCCUUCAUACGUUAAGUCUGUAGGAGGUGCUUUGAACAAGGGCUGGGAUGUUUUACACCAUUGAGUGAAAACAUGUGUUUAGAUCCAUCCUACACACCCAUAAACAUGUUUCUACAUUAGACCACUGUUUGCAUAUUUGCUUUACUGUAAAUGGCUAUAAUUGGUUAUGUUGUUGUCUUGGAGACUGCACUUUUUUCUUUUACUUUUUUUUUCAUUUUUUUUGGCGCUGUAUUACGUGUCUUUGAGUUUGUAAGUUUAAGUUCAUCUUUGAACUUCUAUUAGUUGCAUUGAUUUAAUGCACAGGCUCCCUCAUCCCAACUCCCUUCCUCAAUGACUGUUUAAUAACUUAACUGGAAGGAAAAGUCUGAAGAAACAUGUUUAAUGUUGAAAUGUUUAUAUUUUAAUUUAUUUUGAGGUAUUGCGUGAAUGUCUGUGUAUGUGUGAGUGUGUGUGUGUGUGUGUGUCAAAACACUGGAUUUUCACCUGUCUGUGAUGUGAAAGACCGGAAGCUGCGGUCUCGUUGCCAAUGCUAACUGCUAACCGCUAGCUGCGCCACUGUUCCCCAGCCACGCCCACUGACGUCUAGUCCCUCCCAUUGGUGCUAAGCCCCUCCCGUUGAAGACUCGCUCACUCUCCUUGAUGUUUCCUGCUAAGCUAAGCCAGCAAUUUAAAAGACAGGCAUACACAUGAUGUGUGUGUACGCAAGGAAUACUUGAAUCCAUGCAAACCCCAGAUGCAGAUCUUAGGCGUGUGUGUGCACAUGUGCUGCUUCUUCCCCUGGUGAACGUUAUAUAGAUACCAAGGCAGCAUUCGCAAAACUACUGGGUGCAGGGUGGGAGUGGUGGAUUGGAUAUCCUUCUUUUUAUGUGUGUUUCUGUGGGGGAGUGGGGGGUGCUGACUAGGAGACUUUAAGUUGUUUGGCAAGAGCCUCUGGGAUUGGCUGUGAUUCAAGAACGACUUCCAUAGAUAGCUUGCCAUAUACACUCACAUUUUCUCACCCUCCCCUUCACUCUUCUCUUCUUUACUCCCACAUUUUCAUUCUCUCUCCGGUUCCUCCCACGAAAUGUAGAGACAUGUGAAUAGCCCAAAGCUAGCCUCCUCACACACAGACAUAAAAUAGUCAUUGCCAUACACACACCUUAACACUAAGCUUCUUUAUUUCUGCCGCACAGUACAUGCAGACAUACACAACAAGCUCCUCUUUUUUCACAUACACUCUCACCCAGACAAAGCAGGGGGAGGGCUGGUUGCUUGGCGCCUGUGAAUCCUUAUUCAUGUUAAAGGACCCAAAGGGUUGGCCAGACAGAUGCCUGCUGGGAGGAAGAGAGAUGCAUGAUGGGUAGAGGCGUAGCCUAGUGGCCACUGAGCGCGACCGUCCAUCCCAUAGGCAUAAUGCAUGUCUAUAAUCCAUCCCACCCUCCUCUUAGCACGGCUCACUAUUGGUCAUUUACCUCCCGUUACCAAGCCAACAGACUUACGGGAGGAAAAAGUCAUAAUUUCACUUGCCAUCGGGUAUAAUAUUCACUUAGCUCUAUCUUCACAUCUACAGAUGUGAAGGUGACAUUAACCCAUUUCCUGUGUGUGUGCGUGUGUGUGUG